AAAAAGGGGACCGAUCGUUUCCUGACCGUCAGAUCACGAUGCACCGCCUGUGACCGGGUUCACGCAGGCUCCAGGUAAUCCCUCAUCGGGGAACAUCCUCCUCCCAAAGCGCAUUGGAUCUCUCUCUUUUUGCUGCACAAAGCUGCUCCUCUUGACUUGUGACUGGCACAGGGGCAUUUUGGCUGGGGGCUAAUUUACACUCAUGAGUAAGCAAAUCCAUAUCUGCUGCUCGUAGACGACAGGAGAGGAUCUUCUUCUCGCACACAUUUCUCGCGCGUCCUUACAGUGGGAGUGUUUUCAUGCAGCGUUAGCCUCUGAGGGUUUUUUUUUUUCUUCCUUUCUCUCCUCCGCUCUUUGUCACUGUGCGACCACCUGCGCUUGGAAAACCCGGCAACGAGGCGGUGGCUGUCCAGGAGUGCGGAGCUGAAGAAGAAGAAGAAGAAAUACAAAAUACAAGAAGCUGCAGACAGCGGCGCAUCCGUGCAGCUCCGCACUACCCCGAGAAAAGCGCACUGCCUCUCCUCUCCCCCCCCAACCUGCCAUAGGCUACAGGCAUGUCGACCACCGGGGAUGUGCCAGCCUUCUUCAGGAGCAUGGGCUCCGACAGCCCCGCCAGGCCCAGGCAGCAGUUCUGCGGCAUGUUCUGCCCCGUGGAGGGCUCCGCCACGGACGGCAAGACGCUGGACUUUGGCGCGCUGUCGGCGUGCGCCAGGGGCCGCGGCGAGCGGCCGGUCAUCGACCGGCAGACCGACAUCUCGCAGCCGAGGAAGGUGGAGAUCAGGCAGAGCACCGGGAAGGAAGCCCUGCAGAACCUGGAUGAUAAACGGAGUGACCGUCUCCUGAUCAAAGGGGCGAAGAUCGUGAACGAUGACCAGUCCUUCUGCGCUGACAUCUACAUGGAGGAUGGAGUCAUCAAACAAAUCGGGGAAAACCUCAUCGUGCCCGGCGGCGUGAAAACCAUCGACGCCCACGGCCGCAUGUUGAUGCCGGGCGGCAUCGACGUGCACACGCGCUUCCAGAUGCCCGACCGAGGCAUGACGUCCGCGGACGACUUCUACCAGGGGACCAAGGCGGCGCUGGCCGGAGGCACCACCAUGAUCAUUGACCAUGUCGUACCUGAGCCGGGCAUCAGCCUCAUCGCAGCCUUCGAGCAGUGGCGCGAGUGGGCCGACAGCAAGUCCUGCUGCGACUACUCGCUGCACGUCGACAUCACCGAGUGGCACCGGGGCAUCCAGGAGGAGAUGGAGGCUCUGGUGAAGGAUCACGGUGUCAACUCUUUCCUGGUCUACUUGGCUUAUAAAGAUGUUUUCCAGCUCACCGACGCUCAGGUGUACGAGGUGUUCAGUGUGAUCCGUGAUCUGGGAGCCGUCGCUCAGGUGCACGCGGAGAAUGGAGACAUAGUAGCUGAGGAGCAGCGCAGGAUCCUGGAGCAGGGCAUCACCGGGCCUGAAGGACACGUGCUGAGCCACCCUGAGGAGGUGGAGGCGGAGGCCGUCAACCGCUCGGUGACCGUGGCCAAUCAGACCAACUGCCCCCUGUACGUCACCAAGGUGAUGAGCAAAAGCGCUGCCGAUGUCAUCGCUCAGGCCAGGAAGAAGGGCACCGUGGUGUACGGCGAGCCAAUCACAGCGAGCCUGGGGACGGACGGCUCGCACUAUUGGAGCAAGAACUGGGCCAAGGCGGCCGCCUACGUCACCUCCCCUCCGCUGAGCCCCGACCCGACCACGCCGGACUAUCUCAACUCUCUGCUCUCCUGCGGCGACCUGCAGGUGACAGGAAGUGCCCACUGUCCCUUCAACACCGCGCAGCGCGCCGUGGGCAAAGACGACUUCAGCCUGAUUCCCGAGGGCGUCAACGGCACCGAGGAGAGGAUGUCCAUCAUCUGGGACAAGUGUGUGGUGACAGGUAAGAUGGACGAGAACCAGUUUGUGGCCGUGACCAGCACCAACGCCGCCAAGAUCUUCAACCUGUACCCCCGCAAGGGCCGCAUCGCCGUGGGCUCGGACGCCGACCUGGUGCUGUGGGACCCGGACGUCACGAAGAUCAUCUCCGCCAAGAGCCACAACUCGGCUGUGGAGUACAACAUCUUCGAGGGCACAGAGGUGCGCGGCGGGCCGCUGGUGGUGAUCAGCCAGGGCAAGAUCGUCUUGGAGGAGGGCAACCUCCACACCACCGAGGGCUCGGGACGCUUUGUGGCCCGCAAACCCUUCCCGGACUACGUCUACAAGAGGAUAAAGGCCCGCAGCAGGCUGGCGGAGCUGAGGGGUGUUCCCCGAGGACUGUACGACGGUCCGGUGUGCGAGGUGUCGGUCACCCCCAAAGCCAUGACCCCCGCCUCCUCUGCCAAGACCUCACCUGCCAAGCAGGCCAGCCAGCCCGUCCGUAACCUGCACCAGUCCGGAUUCAGUCUAUCUGGUGCCCAGUUCGACGACAACAUUCCUCGCCGCAACACCCAGCGCAUCGUGGCGCCGCCGGGCGGCAGGGCCAACAUCACCAGCCUGGGUUAGAGCUCCGACCCGGGGGGCCGCCGAGGAGGAAAUGGAAGAAUCGGGGGAGAGAGAGAGAGCGGCCGACGGGAGCUGCAGGGCCGAGAACACCACGUCACGAUACCGGCGGGGCGGGGCGGGGCAGGGGGGGGGGGGGGGGGGGCCUCGCCCCUUUGCUGCACCUGACCGGGCCCCUCCGUCGGCCUCCAUCUUUGACUUCCUCCUCUGCCGCUUGUUCACUCGCCUCCUCUUGCCCCAGCACCCGAUCCUAGAGGACACUGCUAGAAACAAAUAAAAAAGCAAAAAACGGACAAAAAAAAUCUGCCUCAUAAUGAAAAAAAAGAAGAGAAAACACUCCUUGUUUGAGCACUUUUGACAGCAUUAUUUAGUUGUUGUUGUUUGUUUUUUUGUUUUUUUAUACUGUACUUUCUCCCUGCAAUGUACCCUUUGGAUGUUUGUUUCAUUGUUGUUUUUAAUAGAGGGGUCGAGACUAAACUGAA